AUGCCCCUCUCAGGUGGCAAGGACUCGAGCGAAAGCACGCCUCUGCCCCGCCGCGCUGGACAGCGUGUGACGUAUGGCGCCGUGCCAGCGCUCCAGGUCGAGCCGCCGAGUACUCGCGGCAGCGGAUCCGUCACACCUCGCCCGUUCAACGGCUUCGCAGCGGAGGAGUAUGAUGACGGACUUGAUGACGAGGACGAGGCGCAACUGCGCAGCCUGAGCUGGCACGUCCUGAAAUGGGUGUACAUGCUUGUCCCGCUCGCAACACUGGUCUUCUUCGCCGGUCUCGUCGCACUCGUGACCUGGGGCUGCAGGGAUGAGCGCAAGGCGGGGCAGACGUACCCGCAUCCGUUUUACUGGAAGGCGUUCUCGAUCGGCGUCUUCGCGUCGAUCACAGUCCAGGCGCUUCGCGUGCCGACCUUUGUGGCAACGAGCUCGCUGCGCAUUUCGCCCACCGCCGCCGUCAUUCUCAGCACGAUCAUCAGCACGGCGCUGAACGAGGCAUUGCGUUUGUUAUCCGUCCCGCUGACGACGCCGAGCCCGACGUCCGGCUUCCAUUCGAGCUUCUGGCUCGGUCUCGGGUGGGGCACGGCAGAGACGGUCUGGGGCAUCGUACAGGGGUACGAGCAGCUGGCACUUUACGAGGAUGUGCUGGGCGACGCAGCGCCGCAGGAGUGCGGCGCGUGUGCGUGGGACGCAGAGGACGCGGACGAGACUUACGACGAGUUCCCGGAUUCGCCUGUCGGUGAAGAGGAGGUCCUGCUCGAGGAGGAGGAGCUCGAGAGGCGGGUGGAGGUGCUCGAGAACAUGCGCGCGAGAAGAGGUAAGCUACCUUCCGGUCGUGAAGCUGACAGCAGAACUCGAGGACGUCAUGGGCGUGCCCUUCCCUGUAAGCUGCUGUUUGCGAGUUCGAGCUAA